AUGUUCUCUUCUAAUGCCAUUUCGUCUAGCGAGCAAUAUGAUGCGUACCAUCCAAGUCCUGCGCCGCCCAGCCGACCGCUUGACGCUCCCGCGUUCGCAAACAUCGAUUAUCCAACCUAUUCGCUCGAGUCGGGUAGUCACGCGUCCGCCUUCCCAGACGACCUCCCUGUCCUAGGCAGCACAGCUAGCACAGGGCACCCAUCAAGUCGACCCUCCUGUCCCGCCGAUUCCGCCGCCAAUCGCCCAGUGCUGCCUGACCCCCUUCAAUUGCCAAUGGACGAAGCCAAUACAUCGUCGGGCGUCCUGCAACCCUCGCCGAGUUUCUCAUCAGUAGAUGGAAGCACCCCGACAAUGCAUCCAUCACCACUUUCCGCCGCGGAUCAACAGUUCGCCCGCGUCGAAGUCCCUGUUGCCACCGUACCGAUCCGAGUUUCGCCUUUGACGAAGAGGCCGAUGGGCCCUCGCCUCCACGAACAAAGCAAGGCUAUCCCUAAGCGCAACUGUCGCAAAUCCGAACGACUUAUGCACGAGCAAUGGGCCCAGAAAAGACACGACGAAGAGCUCGAGUAUUGUAUCCGACACAAUAUUCGACUCGAUUAUUUGAGGAGCAUUGUUGCGCCCGUGACUCGCCUUGGCUCUCCCACUUCCUGGAAUGACUUUGUGCAGAGCAAGUACUUCGAAUCGCUGGCAGUUCAAGAUGGAUUGGAAGGUAGGCACAGCUCUUGACUACCUCGUGCUAAAUUCUAGCAUAGCAUUGCACUACGUUGUUGUUGGACUAACGGGCUGGGUUGGUCCGCUUUAGUGCCGACCAAUUUGGUGGAGAGGGUUAAGCUCGCAAAGCCAUAUUGGAACGACAUAAAGGAUGACGCAGAGGUGAUGGCGAGGUUUGACGCGGCGCUUGCCUUGGAGCGUGAGGAAGCGACGCAAGCAACGCAAGCGACCGAAGGUUCAUCCUCCAUCAAGAUCGCCCGAAACAAGCCGAUGAGUCACGAAGCAAUUAAGAAAGCGCGCCGAUGCAUGCAGGCCGCGUUGGAAACCAUGGUGAGUCCAAGCUCAAUUUGA